AGUUUGCAUCAACGUGAAGUGAAGGAUCUCAGAUAUUUUUUUUUGUGUGAAAAAUGACCACAAAUGGAGUACAUCGAGUGAGGAAUAUCCUUGAUCUCAGCAUUGAGGAGAAGAAGAAAUUCCUCAAUUCCUUCGAUAUCAUGAUGACUGAUUGUGAUGGGGUAAUUUGGAACAUUUUUGGCUCAAUUCCGGGCACUGGAGCUGCCAUAAAUGCCAUGGAAGGUGUGGGCAAGAGGGUAGUAUAUGUGUCCAACAACAGUAUACGCACGGAUGAAGCGUACGAGAAGAGGAUCACAGAUAUCGGAGCCACGUACAGGCAGGAGAAUCUCGUGCAUCCAAUUCAUUCGAUCAUUCGCUACCUCAAGAAGAUCAACUGCCAGGGACUCAUUUAUCACAUUGGAAUUGCCCACACGGGCAAUCUUCUCCGUGCAGCUGGGUUCAAUGUGAUUGAAGGUCCAACCAGUGUGGAAGAGAAUUUCCAGAAUUUAGUGGAUGUAGUGAAAGAUCAUCUACCUGUUGAGUUUGUUAUCACAUACUUCAACUUCAACUACAGCUACCCCCAAUUGCUGAGAGCUGAAAUGUACCUCCGUGAUCCAGGAUGUCAGCUAAUUGUGGGAGUUACGGAGGAGCGAAUGCCUCUCAUGCCGGAUUUGGAAUUCAUUGGCCCGGCAUUCUUCAUUAAACCCCUCAUUGAGAGCCUCUCCCCGGAAAAGAAGCCCAUUGUCCUGGGAAAACCCGGAGAUGCUCUUGGGGGCAUUCUAAUGCAUCAAUAUGGGAUUGAGAAUCCCAAAAGGGUACUCUUUGUGGGAGAUAUUCCCGAAUCAGACGUUCAAUUUGCACACAAAAGUGGUUUUCAGUCACUCCUUGUGCUCACUGGGGCCACCUCAAAGGAACAGAUGAUGAACCUAGAUGAGGGCAGGUUGAUUCCGGAUUACUACGCGGACUCCAUCGCUGAUCUAUCAAUACUCAUUAGUAGUCUUCCAUCUUAAAGUAAAUUUUAUUAUUAGAAUUUUCUUUUAGUUUUAAGGAAAUUAGCUGAAUUUGAUGGUGCUGCAACAUUCAUGCUACAAGCUCCAAGAACUUUAUGCUGGACAUUUUACAUGGGAAGACAUAAGAAGCUUAGAAAGCUUCUAGCGCUUCAAGCAUUUGAAGCUUUAGUGUGAUAGCCUCCACAAAGCUCUAAAAAACAAUAAUUUAGUACAAAAAAGGAUUUUUUUUAGCGAAUCCAGGUGAAGGAAAAAUUUCUUUAGAAUGCUUAAUGUAUUUUUUAAGAAUGAAAUAUGUUUCUUUAUAAACUUUA